UUUCCUCUGGAGGUCCUGAGCAAGAAAGAGGCAGUUGUGUGUGUGGGCAGUUUGGAAGACCAUACCUAGAGGUUCGAGCUGCGCUUGGUGUGUGCUAAGCAAGUGUGUGGACAUAUCUGGUAGAACUAUUGCUGCUGCAUGUGCAAGGAGGCAUUUUGUACACACUUUCGGUUCUCUCGAGUGACAUGGAUAACUUUCAAGACUACGAACACCAGGUUGGAGGCUGGCACAAUGGAUCUGCUUCUCAUAUUUUAAAGGACAGCAAAGGUCAUAUCCUCAAACCCAUAAAGCUAAAUGCCAACCCAACUUAUGAGACGCCUACAAAAGAGAAGGACUUCCCCUUCAAAGAGAAAUCAGAGACAGAAAACAAUACACAUGAGUUAGUGCCUGUAUGCAGAGAUGAACGACAGUUCUAUGAGAGAGUGAAGAACUCCACACACCCAGACGAUAUCUCUCUGCUGCCUCUCAUGCCCAGGUUUUAUGGCAGUGUUGAUGUAGAUGAGAAUGGGAAAAGGGGAAGACCCCCUCAAGGAAAGCCAGUCCAUCCAAAACCGAGAGGAACCCCGUCACAGGAACAGCAGCCAUCCAAAACCCGAGGAGGAGACCCCGUCACAGAAAGCCAGCCAUCCAAAACCCGAGGAGGAGACCCCGUCACAGGAACAGCCAGCCAUCCAAAACCCGAGGAGGAGACCCCGUCACAGGAACAGCCAGCCAUCCAAAACCCGAGGAGGAGACCCCCUCACAGGAACAGCCAGCCAUCCAAAACCCGAGGAGGAGACCCCGUCACAGGAACAGCCAGCCACCAAAACCGAGGAGGAGACCCCCUCACAGGAACAGCAUCAUUUGAUCACAUGCGAGGGGCAGAACGGAGCUCCCUUGAGUGA